UAUGCAGAUUUAAUAUACAAACCUGCCGAUGGGACUGAUGUUGUAGAUGAGGAUGAAGCGAAUAAAACGAUAGACGAUGAUAUUGAAAGCGCUAUUGCUAAAGAACUCUCACAAAUGAAACGACCGCAUACAUCACGUAGAUUUGCAUCAAUUCAAACUGGGACAGAUUGUGUUGUCUUUAUCAAGACCAAUCCUCCCGUAGAUCCUGUUCAACUAGUUCACUAUAUCUUGACUGAUUUAAAUAAUACUAAGCAAAAGAAAACGAGGUUUUGCAAACGGCUUAUCCCAAUCACACAAACUUGCUACGCCAAUAUAAAUGACAUUAAAAAAUUAGCCGAAGUAGUAUUGCAUCCUCACUUUUAUGCACAGGAGCAAGAUCAGAAACAAAAGAUAAAAUACGCUAUAAUUCCAAAUAUCCGAAAUAAUAAUAAAGUGGACAGAAUGGAAUUGAUUCAACAGGUUGCAAGUAUUGUUGGCGAUUAUCACAUUGUUAAUCUUGUUAAACCGGAUUUGGUUAUCAUCGUUGAAAUUUUUAAGAGUAUGUGCGGGAUGAGCGUUCUUUCUGAUUAUAAAACAUUGAAGAAAUAUAAUGUUGAGAGCAUCUUUGAAGAUCAAAAUAAAGAUCAAAACAAAGAGCAAAAUAAUGAUUGA